AUGAAUUUUCUCAUCCUUCUCCUCGCAACCUUGGUUGCAGCAACGCCGAUACCUCGGGAGCUCGCUCAGGUCAGGCCCCGAGGGACCGUACUCAAGGCAUCGGCAGCGGACCCGAAGUUGAUACCCGUCACUGACGAGCUGGUCUUUAAUGUGCCCCUCGAGACCUUUGUCGCUAGACGCAAUAAACAGGACCCUGCCGCACUGGACUUUGCGUCAGACAACUGCACCACGGCGCCCGACAAUCCGCUGGGAUUUCCGUUCACGCCUGGGUGCAACAGGCACGACUUUGGGUACCAGAACUUUCAGGCCCAGGGCCGCUUUACGGUAGAGAACAAGCAGAAGAUUGACGAUAACCUUGAAAAAGACUUGAAGCAUCAAUGCACCACUGUCAACAUCCUUAAAAGACCGGUGUGCAACGGCCUUGCCGAAGUUUAUCACGUGGCAGUGAGGAAGUUUGGAGGGCUUGAUGACAUCCAGGUCAAGCGGGAUGAUGCGCUGGAGGCCGAGUAUCAGGAGAAGCUUGCGACUUACAAGGCCCUGGAGGCUGAGUAUCUGCGCCUAAAGGCAAGGUCGGGCUAG